GUGCUUCGCCAGUUUGUAAGACAUGACUCUGAUAUGGCUGGCUCAUUGGUACUCGAAAGAUCUAUGAAUCGUGUCCAGCUCCUUGGCCGGGUUGGCCAGGACCCUAUCAUGAGGCAAGUGGAAGGAAAAAAUCCUGUUACCAUAUUUUCUCUUGCAACGAAUGAGAUGUGGCGAACAGGAGAAAGUGAGGCAACGCAGGGAGGCGAUAUCAGUCAGAAGACGACAUGGCACAGAAUCUCAGUCUUCAGGCCGGGCCUCAGGGAUGUCACGUACCAGUAUGUGAAGAAGGGCGCUCGACUCUACGUUGAGGGGAAGAUAGACUAUGGUGAAUAUACGGAUAAAAACAACGUGAGGCGGCAGGCCACAACAAUUAUAGCAGAUAAUGUGAUUUUUCUGAGUGAUGGUGGUAUGAAAGAAAAGGUGUGAAGUUGUCAGUGCUUGGACCCAGGCCAUUUCAUUCCUUUUGUUUUACAGUGCUUCACAACUCUGUAAUGGUGUAUAUUGCUGUAGUUUCUUGCAAAAAUAAAUAAAACGUUUGAUACCU